AUGGAGGACCGAUUAGGCUACGAUCAGCCGAGGAAGGCGGUGGAGUGGCUGCUCGCGACAGCAGCUAGCUCGAUUGCAGAGCUGCCGCCGAUCAAUUCUCCCUUUCCGGCGGCGGUCGGUGGUAGCAACAGCUUCGAGACCUCGAUUGCCAGAUCUGAGAAGGCGCUAUUGAGCGGAGGCAAGGAUGCAUCCGAUGAGAAUUCCAACAGCGAAGCGGCCAAGCUGGCGGUGGCAAGUGGGAAGCGAAGUAGCGAGGCGGAGGGAGCGGUGGUCGUAGAAGCACUGAUGAGGGAGAGAAAGAGAGCUAGAGAAGAGGAUAUGGUGGCGCCUUCUCUACGAUGA